AUCAUCCCUUAUCUGCGAGUCGCCAUGGCCACGCUACCCAGAAGGCCACCCUAUGUAUGCUGGAACUGCCUUUAUCGUACCCUCAGCCGCCCUCAAUCGCCUCCAUCUGCGUGGAAUACGCUUCAAUGGCGCGCAUACGCCUCAGCUACAGAAGGAUAUGGCCCCAGGUUAACAAAGCAUCUCGCAUACGAUUCCAAACAGCGACAGGAGCAGCGGAUAAGAUUUACUUUCGCUCCUCCUACAGAGGACAGUAAAGAUACAGCUUCCCAAUCCCCGUCUAUGGCAGCACCACGUUCCUCCACUCCACGACGUAGAUUGCGCGCUCGUAGAGUACAGACUGAAGACAAUCGGCAGUCUCCAACCUUCUCGCGUUCAACAGGUCAUUCUUACAGCUCCCUUCGAAGACUGGCGCCCCAGAGAAAACGGCCCAUCCUGUAUCAAUCUGUGGGUAUUCGGCGUCACCUCUCCUACGGUCGGGCACCUCGAUAUAUAGGCGGCACCAAAAUUUCAAUCAUACACGGAGAGACAAACUCCUUACGGGGUAAUGAUAUCAGCAAUAACGGCCUCGUGUCUUCGGCCACUACGCAUAUUUGGGCACCCAGCCGCCCAGUCACCAACGCAACUCUACAUUUCAGCGCACUGGAAGAUUUCAACUGGUACUGGGAGACCCUUCCCCCCACAAUCGCGCAGAAGACGCAAGCAAACCACUUUUUCUCCAAGAAUGCGCAUGCCAAGUUUCUCCGCUCAGAAGGCUUCUUCCGUGCUUUUCCAGAAAGCGACGUCCCAGAAGUAGCAUUCGUAGGACGCAGUAACGUGGGAAAAAGCAGCUUGCUAAACGGCAUCGUAAAUGCCGACGUUAAGGCCCUUCUAGCGCGCACCUCAUCCACGCCAGGUUUCACUAAGACCAUGAAUCUCUACGGCAUUGGCCCGGGCCACGGCGUCAACAUCACCAAAAUGCCCUCCGGACACGACAAAAUUGUGGGCCCAGGCGGCCUCACCAUCGUCGAUAUGCCUGGCUACGGCGAAGGCUCGCUUUCCGAAUGGGGCGUCGAAAUCAUGAAGUACCUACAAUCUCGCAAACAACUCCGCCGCGUCUUCGUCCUCAUCGACGCGCAACACGGGCUCAAAGAUAAGGACCGCUCGCUCCUCGCUUCCCUCCGUCUAGGCGGAAUCUCGCACCAAAUCAUCUUAUCCAAGGUCGACAAAUUGUUCAUUCCCAAAUCCAAAGACAUUAGGACUUAUGAUGGAAAGCGCCUUGCGAAACUGAAGCCGAGGGGUUCGCUGAAGGAACUGAGGGAAAGCAUGGAGAAGAUUCGGGGCGAGAUCCAGCCCCCGUUUGGCGGAUCCGCGUUAGGGGAGAUAUUAGCGUGCAGCUCGGAGAUUUUGGUCGAUGGGAAGAGGUUGGGGAUCGAUCAUGUGAGGUUUGCGGUGCUGCAGGCCGCCGGAUUUGCGUUUCGGGGCGAGGCCGAGAGGGGGAAGAGAGUCAGGGAGCAGCUUGCGAGGACUGUGAAGACGAAUUGAAGGAGGGGACAUGGGUUCUUUGUGGCAGGAUGGUGGUUGGUCCCCAGAGAAGACGCUGAUUCUCGGACUCCCACUUGCCGUAUAUCUGCAAUAUGCGAUUGAUCGUUCUUUCAAACAGCACAUCGUGGACUGGGGCAGUUAAGAGGAGAAUCUGCAGUAAAUGGUGCACCAAAUGAUAAGUUCAAAAGAACUAGUGCC